UCCUCUCUCCAGACGUGUGGUCAGCUGACUUUCACUGGAGCAGCUGUGUGUGCAGUCGCGCAUUCUCACAAAGCAAAGCCCAGCAUAGACGAUAGGGGAACACGGGGUUGAACAUCGCGACAGAAAAACCCUGAACAGCUCAGGAUUUAUCCAUCAGGACGUGCUGCGCUUGGGAACACGGCCAUGGAUAUGGACCGUACGGUAUUCCUGCUGUCAAUACUGACGACUUUGUCGCUCGCCAUCGAGGUGCCAUCAGAUGACUCAGUGGGCUUGUUGGCGGAGCCCCAGGUGGCCAUGUUCUGUGGAAAACUCAACAUGCAUAUCAACGUCCAGAGUGGCAAGUGGGAGACGGAUCCAACUGGCACCAAGAGCUGCAUCGGCACCAAAGAGGGCAUCCUUCAGUACUGCCAAGAGGUAUACCCAGACCUCCAGAUCACUAACGUAGUGGAGGCCAACCAGCCCAUCGGCAUCAAGGACUGGUGCAAAAUGGGUCGCCGCCUGUGCCGCAGUCACACGCACAUUGUUGUCCCCUACCGCUGCUUGGUUGGGGAGUUUGUAAGCGACGCCCUUCUGGUCCCAGACAAGUGCAAGUUCCUGCACCAGGAGCGAAUGGACAUGUGCGAGAGUCAUCUGCAUUGGCACACGGUGGCCAAAGAGUCCUGCGGUGAUCGUUCCAUGAAUCUCCAUGACUACGGCAUGCUGCUGCCAUGCGGCAUCGACCGUUUCCGUGGUGUAGAGUUUGUGUGCUGCCCCAUGGAGGAGCACAAGGAGUUAGACAGCGAGGAGCAGGAAGAGGCCAACUCAGAUGUGUGGUGGGGCGGCGCAGAGGCCGAGUAUACCGACAGCAGUGUACCGAGAGAGCAGACCCCGACCAAACCUGAGCCCGCUGUGACUGAGGACGAUGAGGAUAUCAACAAUGAGGAAGAGGAAGUAUGGGACAACGAUGAAGAUGGUGACGGUGAAGAUGAUGAAGACGAGGAAGAUGACGAUGAAGACACAACCGACGAACAAGACACCAGCGAGCAGACCUCCAACAUUGCAAUGACAACCACCACCACUACCACAACGGAGUCUAUAGAGGAGGUUGUGCGAGUGCCAACCAUGGCCCCGAGCCCUGCUGAUGCUGUGGAUCGUUACCUGGAAGCUCCAGGAGAUGUGAAUGAGCACACCCGCUUCCAGAAAGCAAAGGAGAGCCUGGAGGCCAAACACAGAGAGAAAAUGUCAGAGGUAAUGAGAGAAUGGGAGGAGGCAGAGAGACAGGCAAAGAAUCUUCCUCGUGCUGAUAAGAAGACCAUAAUUCAGCGCUUUCAGGAGAAGGUGGAGGCGUUGGAGAAAGAGGCGGCCGGGGAGAGACAGCAGCUGGUAGAAACCCACAUGGCACGAGUGGAAGCUCUGCUGAACGACCGACGCCGCCAGGCUCUGGAGAGCUACCUUAGCGCGCUUCAGUCGGACCAGCCUCGGCCUCGGCAGGUUCUCAGUCUGUUGAAGAAGUACAUACGAGCGGAGCAGAAAGACAGGCAGCACACCCUCAAACACUUUGAGCACGUGCGGGAGGUGGAUCCCAAGAAGGCGUCCCAGAUUCGACCAUUUGUGAUGACCCACCUGCGUGUUAUUGAGGAACGCAUUAACCAAUCCUUGGGGUACCUCUACAAGGUGCCACAAGUGGCUAAUGAAAUCCAGGACCAAGUGGCACUGCUGGUUCAGCGUGACCAGGCGGAAGUCACCCAACUGCUGUCAUCUCUCCAGAGUAAGAUGAGGGUUAGCUACGGGAACGACGCCCUGAUGCCGGACCUGCCUGACAGCACCGCCACCCUGGACAUCCUGCCACCGGAGCAGGACGGCCUGGGCUUCAUCCACCCCGAAAGCUUCAACCAGGCCAACACCGACAACCAUGUUGAACCCGUAGAUGCCCGUCCAAUUCCAGAUAGGGGUCUGCCUACGAGACCCGAGAUUCCAAAGGUUCGGCUGGAUAUUGAGGAAAGGCACAACGCUGGUUAUGAUGUUCGUGACAAGAGACUGAUGUUCCUUGCAGAAGACAUGGGCUCUAAUAAAGGGGCAAUCAUUGGACUGAUGGUGGGUGGAGUUGUCAUUGCUACAGUCAUUGUAAUCACCCUUGUUAUGCUAAGGAAGAAGCAGUACACUUCCAUUCACCAUGGAGUUAUUGAGGUUGACGCAGCGGUGACCCCUGAGGAACGCCAUCUUACUAAGAUGCAGCAGAACGGCUACGAGAACCCCACCUACAAGUUCUUCGAGCAGAUGCAGAACUAAAGAACAACUUCACACCCCCGCACUCCCCAUCACCAACACCAUCAGCACCAUCACCCCACUGCAUCAGGACUGAGAAAUGCAGACUGAUCCCUCAUACACACUGUUGAUCAGCUCUGUCACCAUGGAGAUGAGAGUGGCUUCCAUCACCUGACCAUUUCAUCCAAUCGAAUUAGCGCUCAAUCGGUUUGCACAGAAAAGUGAUGUAUCAUUGCUGCCCAUUCAGCCAUCUGUCAGUACGACGGUCCAUCUGUGCGUUCACAUGCUAGUCCGUCACAGCAUUGUGUGGUGAAUGAUGCGUCUUCUGCUCUGUUCUCUUCACCCAUGCAUGCUUUCCUUCUAACUUACCCAUGGUUUUCCAAUUCACAUGGUUUUUUUCUCUCUCUCAUGUGACCAUUUUUGUUCCCCUCCAGAAAUUUAUUUAAGCACUUACGUCUCCUCUUUUGUUUGCACGUUUCCUUCCUUUAGCCCUCCUUCCUUUUUCCUUGGCACUCAGAUGAUGCAGUGCUGUGUUUGGCUACAUGAGGCUCCAAACGCAAACAACCAGAUGCGGAAUAAUGUACUCAUCAAUAAACUUUCCAUUCAGGUUAUUUUUUUCUGUAAAAAAAAAAAAAAACAAAACGUAAAAAAAUACACAUUAAAAAAAAGUAAAAAGUAAAAAAAAAAAACUUAAGCAAUGAAUGUUUUUGUUUUAUGUGUAAUAUGUAUUGAAUUAAGGCAGAAGCUAGCUGUAUCUAUGUAGUGCAUGGAAAUUUUAACAGAGAGAUGGUUUCUGGAUCCAAACACAGACUUUGACCUCUCUCAUGUAGAGAUUUUAGCUGGAUUGUACAUUUUAUUGUCUUAUUGUGAUCACAUUUUAAAUAAGUGAGAAAAAAAAUCUGCUUGGCUACAUUGUCACAGGGACAUGCUUUAACUGAAGUGUGCUUUUUCUUUCUUUUGGACCAUGCCACGCACACUUAAAUGGUUGCAUGGGGCUGGAAAAAGAUGUAUGUAUUGUAUUAUGAAGUGUAAUAUUAGCCCACGUUUUGGUUUGUUAACGUUCUACGCACUCUGCAUUUUUAAGGGUCUACUACACCCUUUUUGCCUCAUGAAGUUCUAUUCCAUGUCGGGAUUUGGUAUGGGGCCGGGAUUAGGGAAAGGAGGUAUGAAGUGGUGGGAAUUUACUUCAGAAAUAGCCACCAUUUUUUUUUUUUUUUUGAUUGUGUGAUUUUUGUCCCACUCUCCCCUCUUUGUACUCCCCUAGUGUCUGUGAUAUUCACGAACACAUUUUGGGACAGAAACACUUCACCUCCCCUCUUUUGUUUCACUCAAGUAUGGCAUAGCACCUUAUAGGUCAGAGCAGGUAGGAAAGGACGGGUAGAUAAUGAAAUAUUAAUGUAAUGAGUUCAUGCCAUAUGGUCUUUUGAAAUGACCUUUUAAGUUAUUUUGAAAGUGCCACAAUGUUGAAGGAAAUUGUUGUAUAAUGCAUUGUACGAGACGGCCAUUAAAAGAUUCAAACAUUG